AUGUUCCCGGUGCGAAUCCCAGGGGGCGUGCUCCCCGGCGCAGUGCGGGCCCAGCAGCAGCAGGCCAAGGAUGAGAGCGAGAAGCAGAAAUGCCAGGUCCGGCUGGAGGUUAAACCCUUCACCCGGAUGUCCGUCAACAAGCAGGAGACCAGGUCUCAGCUGGUCAAAGAGUAUGGCUUCCAGCCGAAGAGGAAGGCUUCUGUCGAAGAUGGUUCUGUUUUACCCAACAAGUUCGAACCCUUUCCCAGGUCACUCUACGGGAAACCACUCGAGGAGAUUGACAACUUCAUCUAUGACGAGGAAAAAUUCUCUGAACGGAUGAAGCUACUUUUACAAGAACUCAAUCAUCUCUUGUCGCAGGAAAAUCCUCAUGCAAUACGAUGUGUGGUUGGUGAUAAUAGACAAUAUUUGAAUUGGUCCGCAUAUCUUUCCGCCUCUACUCAAUGCGGGCACAUUUCCGGAAUUUCUUAG